UUUAAAGAAUUCUACCUGAGCGCACGCAUGUUCAUUGUUUAGCAAACGAUCCGAUUGCACAGAAGCUCGUAGAUUUUUUGUCACCGUUGAGUUUUUACAUAUAAUAUUUUGUUUACGAUCAAAAUAAAAAAUGCCUAACAAUAAUGUACUUCUUUGGGGAUUUGGCCAUAUAAACAAACUCGUUUUACGCUACUUAAUCGAAAAGAAUUACAACGUAGUUGGUGUUAUAGGUCAUCAUUACAUUAAUGCAAACGCGUUUAAAAUAGCUUCUUUAGAAGAUCAUCCAUCUUGUCAGCAGAAAAUUAUCAACAUUACUCAUUCCAGAGAUGCUGAGAAACUAUUAGAAACUCUUAAUUCGGACCUGAAAUUAAAGCCAAACGUGUGUAUUCUAGCCACACGUUGCACUGUCUCAGAUAUCUAUCUUACAGUCAAAAUUCUCGGAGAAUAUGGGAUUAACACAAUAACAAUUGCAGAGGAGCCUUUUUAUUCGUGGAAAACAGCACCCGCACUUACAAAAGAAAUUAAUUCGUUGUUUAAAAAAAAUAACGUAUGCUUUACAGCCACAGGUGUGCAAGAUGUUUUUUGGGGCUUUUUACCUUUAUCUAUUGCUGGUUCUUCUCAUAAGAUUGUAAAAAUUGUGGGAAACGUGCAAUAUAAUGUUGAUGACUAUGGGGCUGCUUUGUGCGAAGCCCAUGGUGUUGGAUUAAGCAUUAAAGCUUUUGAGGAAAGUAUUGGUAAUCGUGAAGCCCCUAGUUAUAUAUGGAAUUCUAAUGAAUGGUUGGCAACUAAACUUGGUAAAAACAUUAAAAAAACAACCCAAAAAAUUUCGCCAAUUACAGUGGAAGAGCCUAUUUUUUCUAAAACAUUAAAUGGAGAAAUCAACUCUGGAAUUGUAACGGGCAUGAAAGCGUUUGUGAUUACGGAGUGCGACGACGGACUCACUAUUGAAACCUCAAUGGUUGGCACUGUUUAUCACGGGAGUAUGAUAGACUAUUGCUCUUGGGAUAUUUUUGGCGAACCAAAUACUAGUGUUGUGGUUAAUCGACCGUCAACAGUAGAAAUUACGUGCGCCACGGCUGUUAACAGAAUUCAACAGGUGAUCAAUUCGGUUAAUAAAGGCUAUGUUCCUACUUUUGAAUUCGGUCUUAUUCAAUAA